CCGCUCAGCCGGCCGGACCGACGGACGGACGCGCCGACGCGGAGGGGGGCGCCGGCACGCCUCCAGUGCGCACCACGCCGGUGCGAGGUUAGGACGUCCAGGACGUCCAGGACAGCGAUGGCGCCGCGCGCUAUGUUUUACGCUGUGGUCCUGACAGCGCUUGCAGCGUCCGCGCUGGCGCAGUCCGGGCCCUUCGACGUGACCACCAUCGUGCGGCUGAAGAGGACUUGGAGCGAUGAAGGACCCGCGGACUGGGGCACGAAAAUCCGCCAGAUGUGGCCGUGGAAAACCCAGGGAUCGCUGCAGCAGUUCAUACCCAACGGGACGGUGGAGGUGCACGCCAGGACCAACGCCCUGGGAUUCCCGCUGCGCAUCGGCGGCGGCGUCAUGGCCGCCGAGGUCGAGGACCAGGUGCCCGAGUGCGCGGCGUACGGGCCUUGCGACGGCUGGGAGAACGACCGGUGGACCCAGGAGGCGUCGCCCGUCACCGCGCCGCCAAUCCAGCCGCAGCGGCUGGACGGCGACUCGGUGGCCGUCGGGGAGACGGUGCGGGUGCGCCUGACGACCAGGAAGAACGAGGCGGGCGGCCUGGCCUUCGGGCUGUGCAGCGAGGAGGCGUGCGCCUCCAUGCUCAUGAAGGGCGUCAACGAGCACUACGAGAUGGCCUACGACGUGGCCAUCAUCCGCGCCAACGACCUGUUCUACGGCAAGCAGGGCGAGUGGGCUCUGAGCGGCGGCCCGAAGAACGCGACCUUCGAGGAGGACACCAAGCACACGUUCGCGGGCACGCGCCUGUCGCCCUACGGACUCGAGGUCUGGCACGAGAAGAACCGCAGUGCCGCGAUCGCCGUGCCCCUGGAGCCCGACAGGCACCGGCUCAAGAUGUUCUCGGGGCUGGGGCCCACCGCCUACUUGCAUGAGAGCGAGGACGUGGGCCGGCUCGACGGCGACCUGAUCGCGGUGGGCGAGCGCGUCCGCGUGCACCUCACCAACUACGACCGCGUGGAGAUCAGCUUCGGCAUCUGCUCGUCGGAGAGCUGCAGUGUGGUGGGCGUGCAGGGCGUGUCCAAGGACAAGCGCCUGGACUACCGCACCUGGGUGACGACGGACAGCCUGGUGCGGCAGCGGGACAACCCCGUCCUGGACUCGCGCUGUAUCAGCUGCGGCUCGCGCGGUGGCGUGGCCAAGGGCGGCACCAACCUCUUCGUGGUGCAGCGCCGCAGCGAGUACGAGAUGGCCGUGUGGCUGGAGGACAACCCCCGCGACGUGGUGACCAUGCCGCUGGAGCCCGACCGGGACCGCCUCAAGCUGGAGACGUACUUCAGCGUGGCCACCUUCAUCCGCGACGCGGUUUGGUCCGCCAGCGAGGCGGGGGCUGAGAUGGUGAGCCCCGGGGUGGGCGGCGUCUCCGACGUGGUGUGCGUGUCCGUGGUCUACUUGGCGUCGAGCAGGGACGCCGGCCUCAACGUGUUCGCCAGGGCCGAGAACGGCACGGACUUCCCCCUCGCCGCCAUCCGGCCGGACAAGGCCAACGCCUGGAGGUUCAACCGCACCGUCGUCGACCUGCCCGCCAGCCUGCGGCGCUCCGAGUGGCGCCUGGUGGUGUCGGCCCACCUCCCCAAGAGGGGCAGCACCGUGCACCUUCAGAGGGUGGGCGGCUGCAACCAUCUGGACGACGAGGACGUGAUGAUCGUGGGCGAGGCAUCGCUACCCAUCUACGUGCCGGGCUACAACGUGUCCUGGGGCGCUCCCCGGCAGGCCAGGGCCGCGCCGGCGCGGUGGUGUGCUAACGGCGGCAUCAAGGACGACUUCGGCGCGUGCAUCUGCCCGCCCGGCUUCCGCGGGCCGACCUGCGCCGAGGGCUGCGGCGCCAACAAGUACGGCAUGGACUGCGGCGGCAGCUGCUCCGCGCUGGGCGAGGGCUGCCGGGGCAUGCUGUUCUGCGCGCCGGGGCUACCCUGCGCCUGCGCGCCCGGCUUCAAGGGGGACACCUGCGACCAGGCCUGCGACGUCGGCGAGUACGGCAACAACUGCGCGCUGACGUGCCCCUACUGCCGCGACGGCGCCUGCGACCCCUACACCGGGCAGUGCAGCCAGGACAGGAAGCUGCUCUUCGGCAACGAGUGCGGCCGGCCGCCCACCACGGACGCGCUGACGGUCAACGGGCUGGUGGCUUCGGUGGACAGCUUCCCCUGGCACGCCGCCGUGUACCAGCGCCACGCCGCCGCCAACCAGUACCGCUUCACCUGCGGCGCCGCGCUCGUCACCCCCAGCGUGCUCAUCUCAGCGGCCCACUGCUUCUACGACCACAACCUGAACCGCGUGCUGCCGGCCGAGCGGUACGCCAUCGCGCUGGGCAAGACGCGCAGCGGCUGGGACGCCGUCGAGAAGGGCACGGUGCACAAGAGCAAGGUGUCGGCCCUGCACGUGCCCGAAGCGUACCGCGGCCAGGUCAGCAACUACCUGGGGGACAUCGCGCUGGUGGAGCUGCAGGACCCCGUGCCGCCGGGGCUGAGCAUCGCCACCGUCUGCGUCGACCCCAGCGUCACCCUGGUGCCCGAGGAGACGCUCAGGGUGGCGGGCUGGGGAGACGAGACGGCGGCCCUCGACGUGCUGGAGUACGUCAACAUGCCGUUCCUGCCCACCAAGACGUGCUACCGCCGCGCCUCCGACACCCUCAUCAAGUACAUCACCGCCGACAAGUUCUGCUCCAUCAUCCAGAGCGAGGCGGACCAGAGGCUGGCCAAGGGGGACAGUGGCGGUGGCGCCGUGGUGGAGCGCGACGGCGUCUGGUACCUGCAGGGCGUCGUGUCGCUGCGCCAGGGCACCAACGACUACACCUUCACCAACGUCACCCACGCCGACCACCUGCAGUGGAUGAAGGACGCCCUCGCCGGCGUGACCACGCGACUGGGGUAGCACCGCAAUCGCCGCGCCGGGUAGGCCGCGCCGCCACACGCCUCUGCAGCGGGGUGCCUACCUCGCCCAUGGCAGGGGCUCCACGGGGAUGUCUUGACUUGACUUGAAAGGCUAGACCACAACUGAUCUUUGGCCAACACACAACCUUUUUUUCACUGGUUCAUCCCAUUUUCUCUCCAACGUUUUCCUCGGCGUUCCCUAGACGUGAUUAGUGUCGGGGAAUGUAAGAUAAGGCGGAGCAUGUCCAAGUGGCUCCUGACGCACGUCAGUAGGUGAAGUGGAGGCUUAUCGAGUCACUCGGCCAAAGUCAACUCGCCGAGAUUUGAUCGUCGUUUAAUAAGGACGAGAGAAUGGCCACUUGCCUGCUCUGUACCUAAUUGUGACCUGGUACCGAAUAAAACGAUGUCAAUGAAA